GUGGCAUUACGCCCCUCCCAGAGUCAAACCUCUCACUCAUCUCCUCGCUAGGCCUCUCACUCAUCUGUGAUCUGUCGUCUCCUUCCUCCGCUCUUGUGCCCAAAAAACCCCGAUGGCCUCGACUCCGCACGGCGACACGCCCGAGAACGGGGACGCCGCGGGCCCGGCGAAGCACCCCCGCGCGCCGAUCACGGAGGCCGAGAUCUGCGCCGAGUUCGCCCACCACGAUGGCGCCGUUGCCCGCGUGAACAACGGCUCCUUCGGCUGCUGCCCGGCCUCGGUCCUCGCGGCGCGGUCGCGGUGGCAGCGCCUCUUCCUCUCGCAGCCCGAUGCGUUCUACUUCCACUCCCUCCAGCCGGGGCUCGCCCGCUCGCGCGCCGCGGUGGCCGCCGCCGUCGGGGCGGGCGGUGCGUCCGAGGUGUCCCUCGUCGACAACGCCACCACGGCGGCGGCCAUCGUCAUGCAGCACGUGGCGUGGAGCUUCGCCGAGGGCGCCUUCGCGCGCGGCGACGCGGUGCUCAUGCUCCACUACACCUACAGCUCCGUCAAGAAGUCCAUCCACGCGUACGUGGCCCGCGCGGGCGCCACCGUCGUCGAGGUGCCGCUCCCGUUCCCCGUCGCGUCCCCGGGCGCCGUCGUCGCCGAGUUCCGCGCCGCGCUCACGCGCGCCAAGGCCGGUGGCCGGAGCGUCCGCCUCGCCGUCAUCGACCACAUCACCUCCAUGCCCAGCGUUGUCAUCCCCGUCAAAGAGCUCGUCGCCAUCUGCCGCGAGGAGGGCGUGGACAAGGUCUUCGUCGACGCCGCGCACGCCAUCGGCCAGGUCCCCAUCGACGUGCGCGACAUCGGCGCCGAUUUCUACGCCAGCAACCUCCACAAGUGGUUCUUCUGCCCUUCCGCCGUGGCCUUCCUGCACAUCCGCAAGGACGACCCCAUCGCCUCGGAGCUCCACCACCCCGUCGUGUCGAGCGAGUACGGCAACGGGCUGCCCAUGGAGAGCGCGUGGAUCGGGGUGCGGGAUUACAGUGCACAGCUCGUCGUGCCCGAUGCCGUUGACUUCAUGAGCCGGUUCGAGGGCGGCAUCGAGGGGAUAAGCAGACGGAACCAUGACAAGGUCAUCGAGAUGGGCCUGAUGCUCGCCGAGGCAUGGGGGACGUUUCUCGGCUCGCCGCCGGAGAUGUGCGGAAGCAUGGUUAUGAUCGGGCUGCCUGGUUGCCUUGGUAUUGACAGCGACGAUGACGCGAUGAAGGUGAGGGACAUGCUGAGGAACGAUUUCAAAGUCGAGGUGCCAAUAUUCCACAAUUCAAGAAGCGUUGAAGGACAGGAGAUGGCCAAGGACGCGAAUGGCGAUCAAGUGACAGGGUACGUUAGAAUCUCACAUCAGGUUUACAAUGUCAGGGAGGAGUAUGAGGUCCUCAGGGAUGCGGUUAACAGGCUUGUUCUUGAUGGUUUCUCCUGCAGCAAGCUGAGACCUUCUGGCAAGGUGCUAUCUCACUGAAACUAUAGUUUGCUUUUUAUCUUUGUUGGUUCCCUUCAGUUUCUUUGUGAACCAUCGUAUAGUUUCAGAAAUAAUGCUGGCGACAUGUUCUCUGCUGAUUACUGGUGGUUUGUAUCCUCUAGCCUGUAUUGGAACAUGUUUCUACUAUGGUACAUGUCCAUUAACAUCUAUGUGCUGUUGGUGUACCUGUACAUUAGUGAAUUCAGAUGUACCAAUACCAACGGCUAUAAUUUUCAUGAUUUGUUCAAGUUC